AUUGACGAACUUCGAUUUUCGCGGUUAUAGCACAGUUUGAAAGGUUUCGUCUUGGCAACAUUUUACAUGAAAUGUUUAUGGUGGGUUGAUAAUUUAUUUUUUCCCUGAAUACAGGCUAACACUAUUGAGCUGGCAACAGAAAAAGUGACAGUGAUUUGUCAGCUGCAAUCCAGCUUUUUGUUAUGGUCGUAAUGGUCGUAUUUUGCAGAAGCGGUUACUUGAGCAAGGUCGUUAGACGUAUUGUUCAAGGUUCAGUAGUAAAUACUAAUAAAAUGGGUACUUCAUUUUCGCGGACUUGUAAUAUAAACACCACAUCAAGCAGGGAAACCUCUGAAAGACCGGGCACCAUUUCCCGCUUGGAAUCAACCAGCAACUAUGUAGAGUCAGUUGUCUGCCAGCAAGAUGAUUUGAAAGACAAUGAAAUGAAAGUUUUUGACAUUGGAGAUGAAGGCAAAGUGUUACUUGUCAAACAGAAAGGAGAAUUUAGUGCCUUGGGCACUAAGUGCACUCAUUAUGGGGCUCCUUUGGUGUCUGGGGCUCUUGGAGAUGGGAGAAUAAGGUGCCAGUGGCAUGGAGCUUGCUUCAAUAUCAAGACGGGGGAUAUUGAAGAGUUUCCUGGCUUUGAUUCACUACCAUGCUACAAGGUUACAGUUACUGAAAAAGGAGAAGUUAAGGUACGCGCCAAGAUCAGCGACCUAAAGAGCAACAAGCGCAUCAAGGACCUCGGCAGCCCCUGCACCGCCGACGGCUCCUCCGUGGUCAUCGUGGGCGGCGGGCCCUCGGGCGCCACCUGCGCCGAGACCCUCCGCGCCGAGGGCUACCGCGGCCGCAUCACCAUCGUCGCUAGAGAACACUUCCUUCCCUACGACAGGAUCAAAGUAUCCAAGAUAGGAACAGCCACUGACAUAGAAAAGUUACAGGCAAGAACACAGGAAUAUUACAAUGGAUCGAAUAUUCAUGUUGUCAAAGGCACAGAAGCCGUUAAACUCGAGCCCGAUGCCAAACUAGUACAUCUUAGCAACGGCUCCAAACUGCCUUAUAAUUCAUUGUAUUUAGCUACUGGAUGCAAACCACGCGUGCCUGAUGUACCUGGCAUUGAUCUUAAGAACAUAUUCACUGUUAGAGACUUUCAAGAUUCAGUAGAUAUUUUGAAUGCUUUAGGUGAGGGUGGAGAUAAGAAUGUAGUCGUUUUAGGUUUGAGUUUCAUCGGUCUUGAAAUCGCUUCGUCUUGCGUUAAGAAAGCAAAAUCCAUGACUGUCGUCGGGAAAGAUGACGCUCCUUUAGGUCUCGUGUUUGGUAAAGAAAUAGGCCAGAGCCUUCAAAAGCUGUUUGAAGAGAACGGUGUGACGUUCCAUUUCCAAACCACAAUCGUGAAAUGCAAUGGUGAGAACGGUGUUAUCAAAUCGGUGGAGCUCGCCAACGGAACCACAUUGCAAGCUGAUAUGCUCAUUUUGGGUGUGGGAACUACCUACUACACAGACUUUUUAAGAGACACCGGUAUCGCUUUGCAACCCAACGGCGCGGUUAACGUUAACGAUAAGUUGGAAACUAAUAUCAAACAUAUUUAUGCCGGUGGCGAUAUCGCGUACGCUCCCGUGUAUAGUUACGAGAACAAACAAAUGAGCAUAGGACAUAUUGGCUUAGCUCAAUACCAUGGACGUGUGGCCGCUUUAAACAUUCUAAAGAGGGAAGCGCCUUUAAGAACGGUUCCAUACUUCUGGACUAUGGUAUUUGGGAAAUCUAUUCGCUACGCUGGUUGCGGGCGCCCGGCUAGCACCAUGAUAGACGGCGAUAUUGCCGGCCUCAAAUUCGUUAUUUUCUUUUUCGAUGAGAAGGACAAGGUGAUCGCCGUGGCGUCCUGCAUGAGGGAUCCGGUCGUGUCCCAGUUUGCGGAGUUCCUACAUCAAGGGAAAUCUCUGUACAGGAAGGACCUCAAAGAUGACGCUUUUGCGUGGACCAAAAAUAUUAAUUAAUAUUAAUAGGAUUUGGUCGACCACAUAUAUGGAAAAUUUAUAAUAAUUAUGUAAGAGUUUUUUUUAUAUAACUUCACAAAGUCAAGUAAAUGACUUAUUGAAAUUAUAAGUAUUACUUAAAUUAUUUUAACAUUUUAUAUUACAUAUUUAGUUUUAAGUUUUUUUAUGUUCUCAAGCACAACAGUGAGAUACUACUCAGUAAGAUACUGGAUACAAUCAUUUAGAGUACUUAUUAAAAGUAUCACAAUGUCUUAUUUCUAAAGAAAAUUUAAUUUGUUGAGUGUUGAAUGUAUGUAAUGGUAUCUAUACAGAGUGAGUUUUUUCAGUGUAUACAUUUUAAUGACCUUAAUGAUCAUCAAAAUGAUUCCACUAAAUCAAUGACACUUAAGGACACCCUAGAAAAUGUAAAAUGUUAACAAGUUUUACGUGGCGUUGUCGUGGAUGUCCAUGGUAAAGUGUAAAAGCAUACAAUUUCAUGUCCACAAAUUGUACUAAAGUUUGUGCACUGGAAAACUUUUCGCUCCAUAUACUGUAUACUUAAAGCAUGAAGAUAUACUUUAAAAAAAACCAUUUUAGUUACAAAAUUUGUUGCAGAUUGUUAUAUUGAAUAUUUUUAACAUUUAUGGUCCUUAGAGAUCUUACUUUAACAACUUGAAUCAUCAAAUUAAAAAAUCAGCUAAUUCUUCUUAUAUCAUUCACAUGAAUGUUAAGAUUGAUAUAAGAAGAAUUAGCUGUUAUCUUAUCUCCUCUCCCAUCAAGAGGUGAUAUUAAAUGCAUUAUAGCCAAUGAGCGGAAUUCUUCAUAGCAAAAAUCAAACUGUCAGAGGGAUUGACCUAACUGUUUUAUCGACUUAUCGAUGUUACGGAAUAAUAUCGCAUUAGGUAUCCAUAAUCAACUUAAAAGAUUAUUCUGUAACAUUUGACCUCUUUGAUAAGCAACUUGCAUCUCCGUAUUAAGUAAAUCGUCACAUAUGUCACUUGAGUUUUCAUGAGUGAUUUCCGUGCCGUGUUACUAAAAUGGUUAAUCCUAAAAGAAAACAAUAAAAAAAUGGAUACAGAAAGAUUCUUAUUUCAGUUUCAAAGAAGAUUCUUCCACAAUAUAUUGCUCUAAAUGUUACGUUCAUUUACAUCAUAAAAGUAUUUUCUGUUUUAUUCUUUACUAUUAUACCAAAAUACAGUGGCAGUCAGCUAAUUAGGGACACCGUUAAUUUGUUUGUACGUAUAUCCAAAAGCCUAAUUUCAUUACUUUAACUUUGUUUCGUUAAGUGACAAAUAUUUAUUGAUAAGUCGAUAAAACAGUUAGGUCAAUCCCUCUGACAGUUUGAUUUUUGCUAUGAAGAAUUCCGCUCAUUGAUUAUAGCAUUUCUUCUUGCACUUUGAUCUUUGUAUUUAUUGUUAUUAUAUUGUUUUCUUCAGUUAGUCUUUAUCCCUUUUGUUUGCGAAUAGUGACACAAAUGUUACUACACUAUACAGAUUACAAGGCAUGAAUGUUUAGCUGAUUUAUAUAAAGAAGGGUGGUGUUUUAAUCAAGGAUUGUAACAGUGCAAAGUGAGAAUGUUUACUAAAUGUGAUAUUAUUCUGUAUUAAUGUUAUGUAUAGAUAUGUGGGUACUUAUAAUAUUGUAGGCAUACCGACAGUCGAAUAAAGCAUCAGCUAUGUUAACGUA